UAAAGCCUUGCUGCUAAUCGAACUUUAAAAAGGGAGAGAAGAUAAAAUUUUAUUUUUUUAUUCGGAGAGGAAACAAGAUUUUACUAUAGAGAAAGAGAGAGGCUCGAACGGCAGAGCGAAAAGCAAAAAAAAUGGCGUCGUCAAGAGGACAACAAGUGAUAAGAGCGGGGGACAUGGAGAAGAUGAGCAUGGAGCAGCUCAAAGCACUGAAAGAACAAGCCGAUAUUGAGGUCAAUCUCUUACAAGACAGCCUUAACAACAUCCGCACUGCUUCUGCUCGCCUGGAGUUCGCCUCUACCGCUCUUCACGACCUUUCGCUCCGCCCCCAAGGGAAGAAAAUGUUGGUUCCUCUCACUGCUUCGCUCUAUGUUCCCGGCACCCUCGACGAUGCCGACAAGGUUCUCGUUGAUAUUGGCACCGGAUACUUUGUCGAGAAAUCAAUGGCUGAAGGCAAAGAUUAUUGCGAGCGUAAGAUCAACUUAUUAAAAUCCAAUUUGGAUCAACUAAUUGUGGUUGCUUCUAAGAAGAAAACAUUAGCAGAUGAAGCUGGAGUAGUUUUACAAGCAAGAUGA